AUGGAGGGACUGAAAGACAAGGAUCGUGAGCUAUGCCCCCGGCAGAAGGCGAAUGUUUUGUCGUACGUCGUGUUCGGCUGGACGAUACCGAUCUUUUUCAAGGGCUACAAAAAAGAACUCACCACUGACGAUCUGUACCAACCGCUGAAGGACCACAAAUCGGACGGACUCGGGAAUCGGCUCUGCACGGCAUGGGAAGCGGAACUAAGCAAGGCACGCGCGAGCGGCAAAGAGCCGAACUUGUUGCGGGCCGGUAGCAGGGUGUUCGGUUGGAAUGUGGCCAACCUCGGGCUUAUGCUGUUUGCAAUGGAGAUGCUGUUCAAAGUGACGCAACCCUUCUUUCUGGGUAAACUGGUGGCGUACUACUCGCGCCAGCAAGAUAACGACAUCAGCGAAGCCUAUCUGUACGCGGCCGCCGUCGUGCUGUGCAGUGCUAUCAACGUUCUUUUCAUUCACCCGUACAUGCUCUCACAGCUCCAUCUUGGCAUGAAACUGCGUGUGGCCGCGUGCAGUAUGAUCUACCGGAAGUCACUGCGAUUAAGUAAAACUGCCCUCGGUGACACGACGGCCGGUCAGGUGGUGAAUCUCCUAUCGAAUGACGUCGGCCGCCUCGAUCUGGCCGUCCUCUUUCUGCACUACCUCUGGUUGGGGCCACUCGAGACGAUCGUUGUGACGUACCUGAUGUACCGGGAGAUUGGAGUUUCCGCAAUCUUCGGGGUGAUCUUUCUACUUAUGUUCAUCCCGCUGCAGGCGUACUUGGGAAAGAAAACGUCCGUGCUUCGGUUGCGUACGGCGCUGCGGACGGACGAGCGCGUUCGGUUGAUGAACGAAAUCAUUCAGGGCAUUCAGGUGAUCAAGAUGUACACCUGGGAGAAACCGUUCGCUGGGCUGGUGGCGAUGGCUCGCAAGAAGGAGAUCAAAGUGAUACGCUACGUGUCCUACAUCCGCGGCAUCCUGCUCUCGUUCAUCAUGUUCACGACGCGCGUCUCUAUCUUUAUCAGCCUUGUGGCGUACGCACUGCUUGGUGAGGUUGUGACCGCGGAGAAAGCGUUCGCGAUCACGGCGUACUACAACAUCCUGCGCGCCACUAUGACCAUCUUCUUCCCGCAGGGCAUUGCCCAGUUCGCCGAGGCGCUCGUGUCCGUGAGGCGCAUCCAGAAGUUCAUGCAGUACGAAGAAAUCGCAACGGUUAACGGUGUGUCGAUGGUGCUGCCGGACGAACGGGACGACAAUGUGUCUUCCAGUGUGUCGACGGAAGGGCUCCCGCCCGAGAAGGGUGCGGCACUUCCGAACAACCGCAAAAACCACCUGUCGGAAGCGGGCGUACAGGUGGAGAAGGCAGUGGCCCGCUGGGACCCGAAAGCGACCGAACUGACGCUCGAUGGCGUCGAUCUGCACGUGCAGCCUGGUACCCUUGUGGCCGUCAUUGGUCCGGUUGGAUCGGGCAAAUCGAGCCUCAUCCAUGCCAUUCUCGGCGAGUUGCCCCUCGAAUCGGGCAACAUUCGGGUGAACGGUCGAGUGUCGUAUGGUUCGCAAGAACCAUGGCUCUUUUCGGGCACCGUGAGGCAGAACAUUCUGUUCGGAUUGCCGAUGGAUCGUGAACGGUACCGGCGCGUGGUGAAGACUUGUGCUCUCGAGCGCGAUUUUCACCUGUUCGCUAAUGGAGACAAAACCAUCGUCGGUGAGCGGGGAGUUUCGCUGUCCGGCGGGCAGAAGGCACGCAUUAGCCUAGCCCGGGCCGUUUAUCGACGGGCCGAAGUGUACCUGCUCGAUGAUCCACUGAGCGCCGUAGACUCGCACGUUGGCCGCCACCUGUUCGAUCACUGUAUGCGUGACUAUCUGCGUGGCCGGAUCGUGAUCCUGGUGACGCAUCAGCUGCAGUACCUGCAGAACGCGGACCAGAUCGUGGUUCUGAAGCACGGACGGGUGGAAGCGGUCGGUACGUACGAUAAGCUGCGCGAAAGUGGUCACGACUUUGCUCAGCUGCUGGCGGCACCGUCGGGCAAGGAGGACGACAGCACCGACACGGAGUCGUUCAAACGGUCCGGUAGCCUGUUCAGGCGCCAGAACAGUGAAUCGAGCGUCGAUUCGAGUGGUGGCCCCGAGGCUGACGCCCCGGAAGCGAAAGCAAUCGGGGAAAAGCAGAAAGAAGGUUCGAUCGGGUGGGAUGUGUAUCGGGCAUACUUUCGGGCGAGCGGUGGCUACUUCGUGGUGUCGGCCAUUCUGUUCAUGUUCCUCCUGUCGCAACUCUGCGCUUCCGGCGGUGACUACUUUCUGACGUACUGGGUUAACAAAGUGGAAGAAAGUCCCGAGUCAGUGGACAAUUCUGCCGGAGGGGAAGGACGCUCCUUACUCGAAGACCUAGCUGCCAAUGGGACCGCGCUGAUGGUGAAUGGAACCUCAAAUGAAGAUCAGUACAUCGACAUUUACAUUUUUACCGCCCUUACGGUGGCAACUGUGGUCAUUACGCUCGCACGUAGUAUGUUCUUCUUCCGGACAGCAAUGAAGGCAUCCCGUAAGCUGCACGAUGCCAUGUUCAAUGGCAUCACGCGAGCCACGAUGUACUUCUUCAACACGAACCCGUCCGGGCGAAUUCUGAACCGCUUCUCGAAGGACAUGGGCCAGAUCGAUGAGUAUCUGCCGAGCGUUACGGUGGACGUGAUCCAGAUCUUCCUCUCGCUGAUCGGUAUCGUCGUGGUGGUGGCGAUCGUUAACCCGUACAAUCUCAUCCCGACGGUCGCCAUUGGCGUCAUAUUCUACUUUAUGCGGGCAUUCUAUCUACUAUCGUCACGCAACAUAAAACGCGUCGAGGCCAUCACCCGAUCGCCAAUCUACUCGCAUUUAUCGGCUUCACUGUCCGGUUUGUCCACGAUCCGUGCGUUUGGCGCCGAAAAGGUUCUCGUGCACGAGUUCGAUUCGCACCAGGACCUCAACAGUUCGGCCUUCUACCUGUUCAUCUCCACAUCGCGUGCGUUCGGCUUCUACCUGGAUGUGUUCUGUGUGAUCUACAUUGCGAUCGUCACGCUGACGUUCUUCAUUAGCGGUGACAGUGGCGGAAAUGUGGGGCUGGCCAUCACGCAAGCCCUCGGUAUGACGGGAAUGGUGCAGUGGGGUAUGCGUCAGUCGGCCGAGCUAGAAAACACCAUGACAUCGGUGGAGCGUGUCGUCGAGUACGACGACGUAGACCCGGAGCCGGCACUCGUGUCGGAAGGGGAUCGUAAACCACCACCAGACUGGCCCGCAGAGGGUGGCGUUAAAUUCGACAAAGUGUCCCUCCGUUAUGCGCCCGACACGGACAGUGAGCAAGUGCUGCGUGAUCUAGAGUUUGAGAUUUCGCCACGCGAAAAAGUCGGUAUCGUGGGUCGGACCGGUGCGGGUAAAUCGUCCCUCAUCAAUGCACUGUUCCGGCUGUCGUACAAUGGGGGGUCGAUCGUAAUCGAUGCGCGAGAUACGCAACUGAUGGGUUUGCAUGAGCUGCGCGCCAAGCUGUCAAUUAUUCCCCAAGAGCCGGUGUUGUUCUCGGGCACACUGCGUUACAAUCUCGAUCCAUUCGACGAGUACCCGGACGAGAAGCUGUGGCGUGCUCUGAAAGAGGUAAAACUAGAGGAAGCGGUUAACGAACUGCCUUCGGGGCUAUCGUCGAAGAUCAACGAAGGUGGCAGCAACUUUAGUGUCGGUCAGCGGCAGCUCGUGUGCCUUGCACGGGCCAUUCUGCGGGAAAACAAAAUACUGGUAAUGGACGAAGCGACUGCCAAUGUAGAUCCGCAAACGGAUCAGCUGAUUCAGCAGACGAUUCGUGAAAAGUUCAGCGACUGUACCGUGCUCACGAUAGCCCACCGGUUGAACACGGUGAUGGAUUCGGACAAGGUCCUGGUGAUGGAUGCCGGCCGAUGCGUGGAGUUUGGUACACCAUACGAACUGCUAACCACCGAGGGUGGUCCCAAAGUGUUCUAUGGAAUGGUGAAGCAAACUGGCAAAAGUACUUUCAACACACUUCUCAAAAUCGCCGAGGAGACUCACAAUCGGAAGCAUCAGCAGAUCAAAAAGCAGCUAGCAGAAGCUACGACAAAGCCGACGGCGACGAACUGAGUGCAGGAUUGCUGGUGGCCUGCGGCCUGAAAUCUCGUAAAGCUCCCGUACCUCCACUUUAACCCUGAGUUCUGUCGGGUAUCUCGAAGUACCUCGUGUGUGCAGUGGAGUGGCCUUAAACUUACGGAUAAGUAGUUACUGAUCUUUUCAUAGGCGUAUUGUUCAGGGAAACACAUCCAUCGUGCAUUGCUUGUUUUUGUUAUCAAGAUAAGGAAAAAGUUUUCUUUAAACCAUAGUUAAGCCCGCGCUUAUGUACGUGCAUGUUUGACGUACGUGUAUGUUAAUGUUCCACGGAGACUACUUAAAGACAUUAUUUGUUGCUCUAGUACUUAAGGUGCUAAAAGUGUGUAGAACAUGUAAUUCGAAGGAAAUUCGAAUUAAAUUUCAUUACAUAAGCGACAACAGUGCACGUGGAGUCGUUUUAUGAUGCUGUGGUUAGUGCCUUAACAUUUACCCUACCGAGCCGUCUACGCAGGAACUAAACUGCUAGUCAAGUGCUUUGGUGGAAAGUUCUAUAAGUAUUAACUUACAAUUACUCUCGGUACUUAAAUGAAAUUGUGCUAUCCUUGAAACCGGUAAAUAGUCACUUUUGGUAUCUCCAGAUUUUGCAAGAACUUUCCCCCUAAGAACAAUGGCAGCAUUAGGAAGACAAGGGACAAUAAGUGUUCGUAGCACUCGAAGUGCUGAAAGAUGUUGAAGCACCUCAUCGUAGAGCUGAAAG